AUGGCUUCACGUUUGCCGGCGUUCCCGCGCACUGUCUUCACCAUCAUAGAGCCCAUCUCACUCAUCGCAGGCUGCCUCGGUCCUCUCUUCGACACAGACUGGUUCAUCGCCAGCCAGAUCGAGACAACCGCCCCCGUCAUCUCGUCCGAGAACGCGCGCCUCGUCGCGCUGCAGCUCGGCAAUGCCUACGGCCUGCUCGCCCUCGUCGGCCUGAUGGUGCUGAAUACGACCACGGAGGUCAAGGUCGUCCGGAAUUACCUCAUAGCUCUAUGGAUAGCGGAUAUAUCACACGUGGGACUGACCUGCUGGCUUCUGGGCUACGAGAGGAGCAUGGACGUCGCCUCGUGGAAUGCCGUUACCUGGGGCAAUGUUGGCUUCACUGUUUUUCUAUGUUUGACUAGGACGGCAUAUCUGCUUGGACUCUUCGGUCCUGAUGGAAAGGCCGUCAAGACCCCCAAGAAGAAGACGUAG